AACUUCCAACUGCCGCACGAGGACGCCGGUUACAGAAGUCUGCAUUGCCUUAAUCCCACUGCCUGGACACUGCCAACAAGCCGGACACAGAGCCGCCCUACCCCGCAGCGGAGCCUGCCAGCUUCUUCUCACAGGACAAGCAGACACCCCGCUUACAAUGCCAUCCUCACUACUGCGAGCUGUUUCAUUGGAAACCACAGGUAACAUUUACCAAGAGGCCAGGAGCAGCCCGCGCCAACCUGUGAAAUCACCCAUUCACGUAUAAGACCUUUGAAUGUCAUCAACUUUUUCCCGUGCUGUCUUCAAAACUUCAGAAUACACCCUUCAAUCUUCCUAAGUGGACCAGUCUGUCCUGCUAUCGUUGGCGGAAAACUGUUUAGAGAGCACCAGUAACAAUGCAAGCACAUGAGAUAUUCAAGAAUAUCCGGAUGCCAGAGCUGGGGGAUGUUCGGCAGUAUGUUCGCACUCUUCCCACAAACACCUUGAUGGGUUUUGGUGCCUUUGCAGCUCUGACAACUUAUUGGUACGCCACGAGACCUAAAGCUCUGAAACCCCCCUGUGACCUGGCCAUGCAGUCUGUGGAAGUAAAGGGUCAUGAGAAUGCACGUAGAUCAACUCUGCUGGAUAAUGAUGAGGUCAUCACUUACUAUUAUGAUGAUGUCAGAACAGUAUAUGAAGUGUUUCAAAGAGGAUUGAGAGUGUCAAAUAAUGGACCUUGUUUGGGACAUAGGAAGCCUAAUCAGCCAUAUCAGUGGAUAUCUUAUCAAGAGGUGUCAGAUAGGGCAGAGUAUGUGGGGUCUGCCUUGCUGCACAGAGGCUGUAAGCCAAGCUCGGAACAGUUUAUUGGCAUUUUUGCACAAAACAGGCCGGAGUGGAUAAUCACAGAACUGGGCUGCUACACCUACUCCAUGGUGGCUGUGCCUCUCUAUGAUACCCUCGGAGCGGAGGCGAUUACCUACAUUGUAAACAAAGCGGAGAUUUCUCUGGUGUUCUGUGACAAUACUGAAAAAGCUAAAUUACUACUGGACAAUGUGGAAAAGGGAGACACCCCCGGCCUUCAGACAGUUGUACUGAUGGAUCCCUUUGAUGAGGACCUCGUGGAGAGAGGCAAGAAGUGUGGAGUUGAAGUAGUCAGCUUAAAAGACAUCGAGGAAGAAGGAAGGAAUCAUCAUGAGAAACCAAAGCCACCAAAGCCAGAAGACCUGGCAGUAGUUUGCUUCACAAGCGGAACAACAGGAAAUCCAAAGGGUGCAAAGCUUUCUCACAGGAAUAUUGUGAGCAACAGUGCUGGUUUUCUUAAAGUAACAGAGGACUUGGCGUUUCCUUCCACUCAAGAUGUUGUCCUCUCUUUCUUGCCGCUGGCGCAUAUGUUUGAGAGAGUUGUGGAGUGUGUAGUACUUUGCCAUGGAGCAAGGAUUGGCUUCUUUCAAGGAGACAUUCGCUUGUUAAUGGAUGACUUGAAAGUUUUGCAACCCACUAUUUUCCCAGUCGUUCCUCGUCUGUUAAAUAGGAUGUUUGACCGGAUCUUUGGCCAAGCAAACACAACCUUAAAACGUUGGCUGUUAGAAUUUGCUUCCAAAAGAAAAGAAGCAGAACUCCGUAGUGGAAUUAUCCGAAAGGAUAGUAUUUGGGACAAGCUCAUAUUUCAAAAAGUUCAGGACAGCCUUGGGGGGCGAGUACGACUUAUGAUUACUGGUGCAGCACCAGUUUCCCCUACUGUACUAACAUUCUUAAGGGCAGCACUAGGCUGUCAGUUUUAUGAAGGCUAUGGACAGACUGAAUGCACUGCUGGCUGUUCCCUGACAAUUCCUGGUGACUGGACAGCAGGUCACGUUGGCGCACCUAUGCCCUGCAAUUAUAUAAAGUUGGUGGAUGUGGAAGAAAUGAACUACUUUGCAGCAAAGGGAGAGGGUGAGGUUUGUGUGAAAGGUUCAAAUGUGUUUCAAGGGUACUUAAAGGAUGAUGAAAAAACAGCUGAAGCUUUGGACAAGGAUGGCUGGCUACAUACAGGGGAUGUUGGGAAAUGGUUGCCUAAUGGUACGUUAAAGAUUAUAGACCGGAAAAAACAUAUAUUUAAAUUAGCCCAGGGUGAAUAUAUUGCACCAGAAAAAAUUGAGAACAUCUACACAAGGAGUGAAGCAGCGGUGCAGGUCUUUGUUCAUGGAGAGAGUUUACAGGCCUUCCUUGUGGGAAUUGUGGUUCCAGAUCCUGAUAAUGUACUCAACUGGGCAAAAAAGAAGAAAUUUGGUGGCACCUAUGAAGACCUCUGCAAGAAUAAGGAUUUCAAAAAUGUAGUUCUUGAAGAUUUAAUAAAACUGGGAAAAGAGGCUGGUUUGAAAACAUUCGAACAAGUAAAAGACAUUGCUCUACACCCAGUAAUGUUUUCUAUUGAAAAUGGCUUGCUGACUCCUACAUUGAAAGCAAAGAGGCCUGAGCUGAGAAAAUAUUUCCAAGCCCAAAUUGAAGAACUUUAUGCUAAUAACAAAGUAUAAGUCCACCUCCAUAGUCAACUGUACUCUGCCACCAACAAGACAAUGACUGGUCAUAGGAAUAACAAUGAAGACCUCUCUACAAUGCCUUAUGGGUCACCUAUAUUGUUGUUCUUUGUACUGUGACCUAAAAUCUCUAAACUAAGCCUUAAAAUUGUGAAGAAUUUGGACGUCCCUAUUACAAAUGUCACCAUCUGUAUCUCCUGUCUGAAAUCAAUUGGAUUUUUCUUCCUGUGUUCAAAAGACUUUUUACACUUCAACUCCAAAGCUAAAACUUCUUGCUUGCCAAACCAGAUCACUUUUCUAACUUUAUCUAAAACACAACGCACAAAAGAUGUAUCGUUCUAACCUGUUUGGGGAUAUAUACAAGUCAGAUAGAAGUGUUUUAAAGUGGUGAUGGUACAAUUUUACCAUGUUUUUUCUAAAUGUAAAUGAGACUUGGUAAUGCACUAUGUAUAAAAACACAUCUCAAAGGAAUUGCUCCUUUAUUCUGGAGUAUCUGUCACUGUCAGAAAGCUGCUAGAGGCCUGGGAUACAUCUGUUUGUCUUUGCUGCCAGUCCUGUGGAAAUUUAAAGUGCAAUUAUUGCAGAGAUCUGUGGAAGGGAGUGAAUUUUACAUUAAGGGAAUGUCUACUUUUUUGGGAGGGAGGGUAUAAGAUAUCAGAACCACACAUUUUAAGCCUUUUUAGGUUUCCUAGUACAAUAAUAUGUUUUCCUUUUUAGAAAUGCAAGGCACAAGGGAGUUGUAUAUAACAAGCACAACAAUGGUUUGCACUAUGUAAAGACCUGUGAUUUAUGAUGAUGCAAUGUAUUCUAGGUUGAGAUCAUUUAUAGCUGCUUAAUGAAACAGAGUACAUUUUUAUCCAAAUGAUAUGUGACUUGUUAAAAUGGAAUUUAAAUGUUUGCUUAACGGUUUUUGAUCUUGUAAGAACCAAAAUGUUUCUGUCCCAGUUCCCUUUUCAGUCCCUUCCAAAAAAUGAAGGAAACCAAAAUAAAUGAUUAUUCAUACUCUUUAA